GCCUCAGUAGCAAGGCUAGGAGGGAGGAUUUCUGCUCAGUGAUAAAACAUGAAACAGAUGUGAUAAAGCAAGAUGGAGCUCAAGAGAGGUAAAACCUUCAUAAAAUCCAGUGUGCAACAUGAGAAAGCACCAUUGGUGCAUAUGCUUCCUGUAAACAAGGAUGAUAUGGGAAAAGACAAAAAGACAAUCCCAGAGGCACACCAGAGUGCAGCUGAAGUCCAACAGGCAUGUUUGGCCACACACAAGAACUACAGGUUUUCUAGCAGAGCAGCAAGGAAUGGGCCUGGUGAAAACAGCUUGGAAAAAUCCUCUGUCUCUUCCUACAAGCUUGUGCGGAAGAGUAAAACCCACGAGUGUGUUGCCGAGGCAGACAAGGCAGAGCAGUGCAGCCCCAGCAGCAGAGCUUCUGAAGAAGGUUUUUCUGGAAAAGGAAGGGGGCGACUUGUCAACAGCAUCAGCUUUUCUGGGGUGCCCAAUGGUGGCAGCAAGAGGGAGUGUGUGGUCAGCCACAGCCGGUCUGCGUGCAGCAGCCAGCAGAUGAUAGAUUACAGGAACUUUGUACCACAGAUGCCUUUUGUACCAGCUGUCGCAAAAACCAUUCCCCGGAAGAGGAUCUCCCUCAAGAGAUCUAAAAAAGGCCUCAGAGAGAUAUUUCACAUAAGAAAGAAUAAACCAGAUGGCCUCACGUUCUUGGCUGAGAAGGACAAGCCUCUGCCCUCUCCAGGCUGCAAGGGUGAGCUGCCGGGACGCCUUGCAAGGUAUCUUUUCAAAACUGGAGAGGCAUUCGGAGCUGACUGCUUGUCACAGGACUGCUCGGACAGCGAGUUGCAGUCCGACUCUUCCUAUGACUACUGCAACACUCUGUGUGAAGAUGUUGCCUCGCUGAAGAGCUUUGACUCCCUCACAGGCUGUGGGGAGAUCUUUGCUGACGAGAGCUCUGCUCACCUGGAGCUGGAGAACAGCAAAGAUGUUCUGGUGAGACGAGCCAAAAACAAAGACAGCCCCAGCAUGGGUUCUUUCCAAGGCGGUGUGGAGCAGCUGGCCUCUCCUGGCCAGAACGAGACAGUUGAAUUUUCCAAGUUUUGGGACAGCAUCAACAAGUCAGUGAGGUUACAUCAGAGUACUCUGUUUGAUAACAAGCUUCUGAAGACACCCAGUCCUGAUGUGGCAAAGGCUAAAAACCAGGUAGCUACAUCUCUGCCAGACUCCCAGGUGUCACCUGAAAAAGAUGAUGACAAUUCCAAAGAAAGCUCUGUAGAAACAGGAACACCGAAAAGCGACAACCAGGAAUCCACAUCCACAAGCGAUGAAGGCUACUAUGAUUCAUUCUCUCCUAGCCAAGACGAAGAAAUGAAGGAAGCUCAAACCCCGGGCGUCCCCAGCAAAUUUCCAAGAGACAGCUACAGCGGGGAUGCACUUUAUGAUCUCUUCUAUGACCCAAACGACGUGAAAAUAGACCCAGUCCUAGAUGAUGACUUGUGCACAUCUGAAAGUGUUUCAGAACAAGCCAUUGAAAUCCCACUGUCCAUUUACAGCUUCCAUGUUGGAGCAGAGGAAAACAUGGCUUCCCAGCCAGCUGUAGACAUUAUCAGCCAGGGCUUUUUCCGCAGCACAUGGAAAGGCAAAGAAUGUUUGCUAAAGCUCUGUGAUACUGAACUUUCACUGACCAUGGGGAUAAUAAACUGGUUGCGAAAACACACUGGGCUCGUUUCCUCCCCAGACUCUCUUCACAGUCCUCAGUCACAGCCAGGAAAGUCUGAUGAUACUGUGAACGCUCCCAACCCCAGUUUGGAGCAGAAAGUGAGCACAGAAACUCAGCAGGAGAAACAAAGCACGAGAGACCCUGAGACAUGUAACCUGCAGGUCUCUUUGGAUGAAAGCAAAGAGGCAACCCAGGUCUCUUCAGUCGACGCUGCUGAACAAGACUACAGCCUAGACUCUUGCCCUAACACUUCUAACUUGGAUAUCCAUGAAAGGGAAGGGAAUCACCACAAGGAUUCACCUGCAAUGUCUAGGGCUUUGGAAGCCACCAGAACAUCACAUUAUGCACCACAGUCACAGGCCAACAGAGAUGAUCUGCAGGUAUCAUCAGUUGAGAAUGAGAAGAUGACAGCUUCAAAGGGAUGUGAGACCUCCAGAGAAAAAACAACAUUGAUGGAAAGUUUGAACAGGGACCAUGACUUCAAGAGCUCUGAAAACCCUUUGUUAAAUGAUAGCCAUGAAAUAGAUUCAUGUUAUUCCUACAAGACUGCUGCCACCUCACCCCUGGCCCCCCUGGACAGGGAGGACACAAAGAAACCACUAUAUCAUUCAUUGUCAGUCUCAAGUGACAAGCCACUUCAGCCUCUUCCCCUUGGACACUUUCAGAGCUACAUCAGCCCCACUUCAAGGGAGGGCAGCACUAACAUCGUGCAGCUUUUGGAGCGCUGUGUAACCCAAGUGACAUCCUUAAAAAUCAGCUAUGAAAACCAGCACCUGGAGGACAAGUACUUCGGAAAUGAAAUGAACAGUAUCAUUUGUAAGAUGUCGCAGUACCAAAACAAGUUACUGCUACAAAAUGAAUGCAGCUCCAUUGCCCAUAGGUCAGACUACUCCAGUCUCCCUUGCACCAAUCAGUAUAGUUAUGAAACAAGUCUCAGAGCCAGCAGCAUGUAUCACUUGAAGCAAAACGGGGUGCAAAUUUGCUCCGAGGAUCAGGAAAGUAAAGCAAGAAUACUGGAUGAGGUCACUAGGAGCAAGUUAAAUUUCCAAUACGCCCAGAUAAAUAAUCAAGCCCUCUCCUACCUAAAAGACCUCACGCUUGACCUCAGCCCAAGUGAUUCUUCCUCUCCUCCAGCUCUGAGCCGGCCGACGUUUUUACCUCUAUUUAACUCUGUCUGUUCUGACCUGCCAUCUGACUUUUCCCAAGCUUCACACAGCACCAGCUUCUCCCUGGCAAAGUCGCUGCAGGCGGAGGCCGGGCGAGGCAGCGCCGGCGUGUGGAGCCAUGCGGAGGCCCCCUGCGCAGCAUGGGCUGGUGGCAGCGCCCUGUCC